AUGCGGUUAUUAAGAUUUGAUGAGGCGAUAUCAAAUGAGACUGAUGGUGGUAAAAUCUGGGUGUUUUGGAAAAAUGAAUUGGAUGUGCAGGUGGUUCGCUUGAGUUCGCAGUUUGUGUCAUUAUGCAUUACCGAAGGAAGUAAUCAUUUAUUGGGUAAUUUUAUUUAUGCAAAGUGUAAUAGGCUUGAACGAAAACUGCUUUGGGAGGAGUUGAAUUCAGAUAGAAUGGGUGUGGAGCCAUGUUUGUUUGCUGGGGAUUUCAAUGUAAUUCGGUCGAAUAUUGAGAGAUGUGGUGGGCGUCCGAGGAAUAGAGUUGCAAUUGAUGAGUUUAAUGGAUGGAUUCAUCAGGGUGGGUUGUUAGAAAUGAAUUCACAAGGUGGUAAGUUUACAUGGUGUAAUGGUCAGCAAGGAUUAUCUAGAGCUUGGGCAAAGCUGGAUAGAGUUUUACUUGAUGCAAAUUUUCUAUCUCUUUUUCCGACUGCUCACUGUUUGUAUCUUCCUAGGACUACAUCGGACCAUUGUCCUAUGGUAAUAGAAUUUUUAAGUGAUCCUUUCUCUUAUGGUCCACCUCCAUUUCGUUUUCAGAAAAUGUGGGUUGAGCAACCGGAUUUUAUGACUCUUGUUCAAAAGGUUUGGGCUGAAUCGGUUAUAGGUUCGGGGCUGUUUAAAUUAGCUACUAAACUUAAAAAACUUAAGGUGGCGUUGCGUGUAUGGAACAAGAGUGUAUUUGGGAGAACUAAUACUCAGAUUGCUAUUCUUGAAGAUAAGAUUGAGAAUCUGGAAAAUUUGUUGCAGAGAGGUUGGGAUGAUGAUAUUGAAAGGGAAUUAGUAAGGAGUUCUAAUGAGUUGUCUUCUUGGAGGCAUAGGGAGGAUAUUAGAUUGGCACAAAUGGCUAAAAUCAAGUGGAGAAUGGAUGGUGAUAGGAAUACAAAAUUUUUUCAUGUGUGGUUAUCUAAUAAAAAGCAUAGGAAAAUUCAUCAGUUAAGAACCUCGAAUGGGUUGGCGUUUAAUUCUCCGGAAGCAAUUCAUCUUGGAGCUGUUGAUUAUUUUUCUGAUUUUCUUCAAAGAUCUAAUCCGGUUAGGGAGGUGCCUGAUUUAUCUAGUUUAAUUUCGUCGGUUAUUAAUGAUGAGGAUUGUGUCCGGCUUUGUGGGAUCCCUUCGCAUCCGGUGGUUCCGGAGGAGGAGUUUUCCUUGCAGCAGAUGGAUUGUGACUACAAGAAAGUCCGAGUAGUUGUAGAGAAAGCCAUCAAAGAUGGCAAGUAG